UGUAUAUACAUUUAUUUAUCUACAGAAACAUAGAAAAAAUACAUACAAUCAUGCACCUCGAUCGAAAUAGAAUAGUCUAAAAGGAGCAACGGUUGACUGAACCAUCGCCUCCUUAUAUCAUUACUUCAUUCAUUAUAUAAUCAUCUCGUUAUACAUUCCUUUUCACACACACACACAAAAAAAAAAAAUUCUCCCAUUUCUAAAUGGCAUGUAGCAACGGUGAUUCAAUCUCAACCCUUCAUCCUGACAUCAUUCAAACCCAAAUCCUAACCAGACUCGACGGUCCGACGCUUACCUCCACCGCAUCAACAUCCUCUUAUCUCCAAACUCUCUGCACCGAACAUAAGCUCUGGCAAGAACUCUCCACCGCCACGUGGCCUUCUAUCGACGAUCCACGUAUCAUCAAGGCCAUCUCCUCCUUCCCUUCCGGGUACCGCUCCUUCUUCGCUGACUCGUACCCGUUCAGUGAACACACAUGGCCGUCUGAAAAAGACGAUCCACCAACAACUGGAUUAAUCUCAGCCGUUGACCUGUAUUACCGAGGAGAAUUAAUCUACUCUAAGGUCCAAGAGAUGGAAACAGGACGAUGGUUUUUGUCGGCUCCUUUUCGGGUCGAUAUCCUUGACGCGAAAGAAUCGGUUAAUACCCGGGUUCCAUACCCCGGUGGGGACUACGAAGCGUGGGUGAGAGAUAUGGAAGAAAGCAUGAAGCUCAACUGGAUACUGAUCGAUCCGGUAAAGAAACGCGCGGCUAAUAUAUCGAGCAGGGACGCAGUUUCGGCGACGCGGAACUGGUUGACCGGAGAUUUGGAGAUUAGAUUUUCGACGGUGGUGGGGAUGGUGAUGGGGAAGAGAGCGGCGGAGGUAGCGGCGGUCGUGUCGUGUGGAUCGGCGGAGACGUGGAAAGAAGUGGACGAGGAAGUUGGAGGGGAAGUGCACGUGAGGGAGGUGAGGUUGCAAGUGGAGGACAUAGAAGGAAAGUGUCUGAAAGGAAGGGAAAGUGUGGUUAUAUUACAAGGGUUGUUGGAAGGGAGGAGAAGUUGUAAAGAUGAGUGUGGUAAAAGAAGGUAUGAGGAAUACGUGGAGAUGAAGACACAGUGGAGAAAGAAGAAAGAGAGGAGAGAAAAAGCUCAAGACACGAUUUGUAUGGUUUUUGGCUUCUCUUUGUUUGUGCUUUUGUGGAGUUUUAUUUUGUUAAGGUAAAAAUUGCUAAAACAAAAGGUGAAACACAACAUAAGAUUUACGAUACACACGUUUUUCAUUAUCAAUGUUCUUUUUGUAAUAAAUAAAAAAUUACGAAUACUA